UCAGCCUGGGUGGAAGGUGUGGUUUCUCUGGCUUUGGUACACAGGGAAAAAUCCUGUCGUCACAUCAAUCCAAUCCACUUCUUUCUUUGGAUAUCUUUCUACAGCCACCACAAUGUCUGUUUGGGAUGACCUGGAUCUCCUUUUAGACUCCCCUUCUUCACUGACUGUGACAUCAAAUGCAAGAGGAACGGUGAAAGAUAAGGUGAAUUUCAAAGUGGAAGAGGAUGUGGCUGCACUAAGGAAUGCCAUAGAAGGCCUUGGUACGACAGAAAAGACGCUGGUUGAAGUGUUGACACAGAGAAGCAACGCUCAGCGGCAGCUCAUUGCGAAUGCAUAUCACAAAGCUACAGGAAGAACAUUAGUGGAUGACCUGAAGGGUGACACUCAUGGAGACUUUGAGGAUUUGUUAGUUGCCUUGGUGACACCUACAACUGCUUACGACUGUCACGAAGUCAUUAAAGCAAUCAAGGGUGCUGGUACAACCGAGAGCACACUGACUGAAAUAUUUGCCUCAAGGUCCAACAGACAGAUCCGUGCCCUGUCUGAAGUCUACUUUGAAGAAACCGGAAGAUCAUUGCUUCAUGAUCUGAAGUUGGAGGUGUCUGGAGAUUAUGGCAAUGCGCUGCUCAUUUUAGCUGAGGGAAAAAGAGAUGAGAGCACCCAUGUUGAUUCUGCCAAAGCUAAGGCUGAUGCGAAGGCUUUGUAUGAAGCAGGCGAGAAAAAGUGGGGGACAGAUGAAGGCAAAUUCAUCGACAUCUUGUGCCACAGGAGUAUUCCACAGCUUCGACAGACUUUGGUAGAGUACAAGAACAUAAGCAAGAAAACCCUCCAGGAGAGCAUUGAGAGUGAGAUGUCUGGUAACCUGGAGAAGCUGCUCGUAGCCAUUGUUAAGUGUGUGAAGAGCGUCCCAACAUACCUUGCAGAGAGACUUUUCAAGAGCAUGAAGGGUUUGGGGACCACAGAGUCCACUUUGACCAGGAUACUUGUCAGCCGCUCUGAAAUCGAUUUGCUGGACAUCAGAGCCGAGUACAAGAAGCUGUUUGGUAACUCUCUCUAUUCCCAAUUGGAGUCUGAGGUUUCGGGUAACUAUGGCGACGCCCUCAAACAUCUGUGCGGCCAAGAUGACUAACUCCUCCCCAGAUGUGAUGAGAAACAUGUGGUGUGACCUUCAGCCUAACCCCUUUAGCCGAAGAGAAGGAAUGUCAUGAUUCAGGAGCAUUAUACUGAAAUAGUGGCUUGAACUAAACUGUAACAACAUCUGGAACUAACUACGCUUUCUACUGUGGAAUUCCAGGAAUGAUACAGACAGAUACUUUAAGCUUUCAACACCAGUGUAUCCUAUAUACUGGAGGAUUAACACACCAGUGAGAAGUCUGAUAUUCAUAAUAUACACAUGUUAAUGUCUUAACGAACACAAAGAUGACUGAAUACAGAAAUGAAUGUAUUCCUGAUCUUGUAAGUCUUUCUCAAAAUUGUACUUAGUCAGUAUUUUAUGCUGUUAUGUAUCACAAAUAAUCAAAAUAUUUCUUAAAAGCUUCACAUUUAAGAAAAUAAAUCAGUGUUUCAACAUAAAAGACACAAGAUGUGAGAUCUGUAUAAAAAAUACUUUAUUUAAGGGUUUUGUUUAUGUUGCUGUAUCCGACUCCUACGCAGGUCAUCAGGACUUUGUCUCCCCCUUUUCUUUCGUCCUCUAGAGGCUUCUGAACCUCAAUCUUGAACAUGAUCUGGAAAAAAUCUCUAAUGUGUCUGAGGAAUUCAAUUCUGGAGAGAGCAGGGAGAGAGGGGUGGAGGAUGGAGAGGAGAAAAAUGUUGUUUAUUCCUAAAUGUCAAGAGCAAUCCACUUUACCUCCUGCAUACUGUUUUAAAUUUCUCAAGGUGUGAUUUUAAUAAUAUACGGAAAAUAUUUUGUCAGAGGCAUGAAGAACUGAAUUGAAGGUCCUCCACUGAGUCUGUCAUAAUAAAUACAGUGGAAUUACAAUCAACAUUACCUGAAUAAAGAGGAAGAGUGUAUUGUGAUGGCACUGCCAAUCUUCAGUUAUCAUAGUACUGUACUUGAGAGGGACACAGCACCGGUACCAUGAUAACUGAAAAUGGACAGUUCAUAGUCUCCUUCAUGAAGAACUAAUAGGUAGAAGACAACCUGCAAGUAACAACGACAGUAACGGUACUGUUGUCUGUUAACAUCUCCAUUCACCACACAUAGCAAUGUCAAUUUUUAUAGCCACGUGAGCACAAGUCUUGUGACAACGUAAGAGCACAAGAAAGAUUUGUCUUAAAAA